GGCCGCCGGCCUCAGCUGUCUUGGCUCAACCGCGCGCCACGUCCCAUCGCCGGCCGCGGGCGCUUCCCAGCCGUAGGAGGGCCACCGGGCCGCUGCGGGCCUGCCGCGCCCGGAUGCAUCGGUCACCACAGGGGAGCAUUCACCUUGGUGCCACACGUGCCACAAAGCAUGCCACGGCCUGGGGGUGCCUUGCCAAGCUGCUCUCACCUACGCAGCCAGACCUCACCUGUCGAGCACUGCAGUGCCAAGCCCACAGCUCCCCGAGGAGGAAGAUGGCCCAGCCUGCAAGCACUCCCUGAGCAGCUGCCUCUGAUCCUUCAGCCAAGCAGAAAGCUACCGCUGACAGCCUGAGAGCCUCAGGGACGGCCCUGCCCUGCUCAGACUCCCCCAAGAUGUGGACAGCCCUCAUGCUGGUUUGGCUUUCCUCCUUGUCCUUAUUUGGAAGCCAAGUGGCAUCUCAGGAGCCAGGGUCCCUAAUCCCUAACAAGACAGAAAAUGUGUUAGUGAAGAAAAAUGCUUCCCUGGACGCUGAUGACAAAACCACCACAGUGACACACGCUCCUGUCAUGUUGACCCAAGGGACUGUGGCAGCCAAGCUUACCUUUGCUCCAGCCUCAGCAGAGACGACACAGAAGACAAAUGUGAGCACUCCAGCGGCUGCCCCCCCAUCGCCUAUCCCCACAUCUGUACAAAGGACCCCAUCCACAGCAGCUGCCGGACCGCCGUCUCCCAGCUCGCCCCUCGCAGGAGGACCCCCGUCUCCCGGCUCGCCCCUCACAGGAGGACCCCCAUCUCCUGGCUCGCCCCUCUCAGGAGGACCCACGUCUCCCAGCUCGCCCCUCACAGGAGGACCACGUGGCAGUGCACUGCCCGGAGCAGCAGCAGUGGCAACAGAGGCCACGCGGGCCCUGGCUGCUAUUGCGACCAGUACCAGCCGUCCCAGCAGCACGCUCCGUCCUGCAGAGCACACGCCCCGCAGCUCCACGGCAAGCCCCGCACCCCCGGCCCGUCCCCAAGCACAAGAUCCCACCGUCCGGGUGUUGCCAAGCCAGCCAGUGCUCAACACAACAGGGUGGUCCACACGCCCCCCAGACACCACCCCAGAGCCCACCACCACCCACUCCGAGACUCCAGUGUCCUCGACAGUGGAGACUGUGGUUUCCUUGACGGCAGUGACUGCCACCCAGGUACGAGCCGAGAAGCCAGCUGCCAGCACAGUGCCAGUGCCUCACACCAGCCCAACCCCUGAGGUGGAGGCCACAUCCCCCACCACUCAGCCAAGCCGGUCAUCACCCACCCAGGGGGCCAGUGGCCCAGGCACACUACAAACACCGGAGCAGGUGAAAACCAAGACCACACCUGGUGCUGCCUCCACGGGGCCCACACCCACGGACAUGUGCCCACUCAGCACCCAAGGCCAGUACCUGGUGGUCACCACCGAGCCCCUGACCCCGUCCUUGGUGAACAAGACGUUCCUCCUGGCGGUGCUGGUGCUCGGGGUGACCCUGUUCAUCACAGUGCUGGUGUUGUUUGCCCUCCAAGCCUACGAGAGCUACAAGAAGAAGGACUACACGCAGGUGGACUACCUGAUCAACGGCAUGUACGCAGACUCCGAGAUGUGACCGCGGAGCGGGCGGCCCCUCCUCCGCCCUCCAUUCUGCCUCUAAACCAAACCAAGUGCUUCCAGAUCUCUCGGUGCAAUUCAGAGAUAAGCCAGAUGCUUAGGCACAUUUAAUCCAUGUCAGAUUAACUCCUCCAUCACGAAAGAGUUGCUGCUUUUCAUAUUUAUUUUUGUAAAUGAUCAUGUGCUUGGGAGCAGCCAGGAUCCUGCUGUGGGUGGGGCGGCAGGCAGGUGGGCAGGCCCUGGCCCGCCCGGCCCCAGUGUGUCAGAUCCUGACCAGAAUUAAAGCGAUGUCUGCUCUCUAAAAAA